GCUAAAGCGCUAUGUUCAACAGGAAGAAAGGAAAAAAACGAGACGGAAGUUGACAAAACAUUAUGACAACACCCCGCCAAAUUUCCAGCACUGGAUUUAAGCACUGGAUUACUGCUGGUUAAAUUGAAUAAAAAGAGUGAUUUUUGUUUAGGAAACACUGCUGGCAUCCGAGUGUUCAGCAUGGCCGUACCUUUUGUGCAAGACUGGGACGUUGUUCAGACUCUUGGAGAAGGAGCUUAUGGAGAAGUCAGGUUACUGGUGAAUAGACAGACGGAGGAGGCUGUUGCAGUGAAAGUGAUUGAUACUAGUCAAUCUAAAGAGUGUGCUGAAAAUGUCAAGAAAGAAAUCUGUGUGCAUAAGUCUCUCAAUCACCAAAACAUUGUGCGCUUCUAUGGCCAGCGGCAUGAAGGGACCAUCACAUACCUGUUCCUCGAGUACUGCUCGGGUGGAGAGCUUUUUGACCGUAUAGAGCCUGAUGUUGGAAUGCCAGAAAAAGAUGCCCAUCACUUUUUCAAACAGCUUAUAGGAGCUGUGGAGUACCUUCACAGCAUCGGCAUAACUCACAGAGACAUCAAACCUGAGAAUAUUCUGCUUGACGACAAAGAUAACCUGAAGCUAACAGAUUUUGGCUUAGCAACACUCUUUCGCUUCAAAGGACGAGAGCGUCUAUUGUCCCGUAUCUGUGGGACAUUGCCCUAUGUGGCUCCUGAGCUUUUAAGCCAAACAGAGUUUAGAGCUCAACCAGCCGACAUCUGGGCUUGUGGCAUAGUGCUCACAGCUAUGUUGGCUGGAGAGUUGCCUUGGGAUCAACCAAGUGAAAGCUGUCAAGAGUACUCAGAUUGGUUACAAAAGAAGACCUACUUACCUCCUUGGAAAAAAAUCCAACCCAUGCUUCUUGGUUUAUUGUCUAAGCUGCUCCUACCAGACCCUGAUAAGAGGAUUAGCAUUUCUGACAUUAAAAAUGACCGCUGGUUUACUCAAGGUGUUAAACCACCACCACCAGGAAGCAAGCACCUUCGCACUGAUCCUGUACUGUCGCGAACCAAUAGUGAUGACCGAAUGCAGUUCUCCAGCUCUCAGCCUGAUUUUGCCCCGGGAAGUUUUGAGAAUGCAUUUAACGGCCCAAGUGAUGGUCUGCUCAGCUUCUCUCAGCCUAUCAGACCAGAACACAUGCUCCUCGGAAGUCAACUUGUGGGCACACCUGGGGCCAGUCAGAAUCCUUGGCAGAGAUUGGUGCGGAGAAUGACACGGUUUUUCACUAAUGUUGAUGCUGAUGCCUCUCUGUGUGCCCUCAAAGAUAUCAGUGUUAAUUUAGCUAUUACCUUCAAAAUCAACUGCACCAAACAGGUGACGUUAAGUACGCUUGAUAAACGUAACAACAAAUUAAUUUUUAAAGUUCAUGUGUUAGAGAUGUAUCACAAGGUGCUGCUGGACUUCAGGCUGUCUAAGGCAAAUGGUCUUGAGUUCAAGCGUCUCUUUGUUAAGAUAAAACAGAAACUUGGUGACAUCAUCAGCACCCAGAAGGUGUUGUUACCACUCAACUGACCUCCUCCCCUCUGGUAGUUUACAGUGAAGCUCACACACUUUGGACUGACAAACUUGUAAAUAUUUAGGUGUUCACUUUUUAUUGUUCUGGUCUUUGCCCCACCUUUGUGUUUCUGAAAAUAAUGUGAAUUUUCCUAAAUGUUAAUUAUGUUUAGGUUUGAAUAUAACUUACCAAACGGUCCAUAUUUUAGUGUUUUGUUCACGUAGCUUCGUUUGUUUGUUUGACAUGAUAUAGCUCAUUGUUUUUGAAUAAAUUAUUACUUUUAAAGAU